GUAUACUAUGAAUCAUGUUGUGAAUAAAGCGGUUUUUUAACAAACUACAAUUAAAUCGCAGUUUAGUAUAAUAUAGAGAGCUACAUAGAGUGCAGAGUAUCAGUUCAUGUUUAAUUUAAAUAUUUAUAAGCCUCUUGAAAAUUCGGCAUGCCGUUAUUCCAGCAACGACAUUUUCUUGUUCAAUCAAAUUUUAGUUUAAUGAAUUUCUCUAGAUUCUGGACAUGACUAAAUGGCCAAGUCAAAUAUUUAAUAAAACAGGGGAAGAUUGGUAGUAUAUCAAACACGUGAUCAACAAUCCUAUAUUUAAGUAGUAUUCAAUGUGCGUUUGAGUAUUUACUAAUAGGUUAGGUAAUUUAUAGGUUGCAGGGUUUCAUUUGCCAUGUGGAACUGUUCAGUGUGGCUCGUUGUUUUCUGACGGACCGGAGACAUUCCCAGAUAUGGCAACUUGCACGCGGAGUGUGUGGAAAGCUUUUUUCCCUUUUCCAGUUUUAGCAGGAUGCCAGAGGCAGCUGCUGAGAGCCGGUAGCCCCGCCUACAAAGGCGUCUCACAGACUGCACCGAGGAAUCUACCUGUCAGGACUUUCGCGGCUGUUAGGCCACUAAAGAAAGACAAGAAAGAGGACACAGGUAAGGAGGAGAAGAUACAAAAGAGGGUCAUCGAUGACAAAGACAGACAUAAGCCUUACGGCAAGACGGCGUGGGCGCCUGUGGAUGACGUGUACAUUAUGAGGUACUACCCCAGGACGAUCUAUGACCCAGCAGAUGCCAUUGACAUGCUGAAGAAGUUUCAGGCGUUGGAUUUCACUCCCCACAAGCAGCCAGUUUACAUCGAUCUGAGGCUAAACAUGAAACUGGAGAAAAAGAAAAAAGUGGACCCCUUCGUCAGCACGGUGCACUUACCGCACCCCUUCAAGACACAGAUGAACAAAGUUUUAGUUUUUACUGAGGAUGCUAAUCAAGCUAAAGUUGCCCAGGAGAACGGAGCUGUGUUUGCUGGAGGAACAGAGCUCAUACAGCCGAUCUUAGAUGACGAGAUUUCAGCAGACUUCUAUGUAGCAGUGCCAGAUAUCCUGCCGAAGCUCGUACCGCUGAAAAACAAAUUGAGGAAGAAGUUUCCUAAGAGCAAGAGAGGCUCAGUCGGCAUCCACAUUCCCAAGAUGUUGGAGUUGUUUAAAACCGGUCAUGAGUACAUGGUGGAGAGCGACUGCUACGUCAGGACCCAGAUAGCCAUGCUCGACAUGCCCAAAGAACACAUCUUUGCCAACCUGCAAACUAUCCUGGCUGAUGUUUGCUCCCACCAACCAGCCAGUAUGGGACCUUUCAUCGAGCGGGCGAUCAUCGCCAGUCACACCAGUGAAGCUCUGUGGUUCAAGAGCGAAGACUUUUUACCAAAACCAGCAGAGGUGAAGGACUGACCUGUCUGUCUCAGAUUGUAAAUAUUCACUGUAUUGAAUAAAGUAUUUGUUCUGACUUUG